AUGUGUUGCUUCAACCAUACACGGAAGGCUUUAUAUGAUUUUUAUGGUAAGCCAAUUACCCUGACUGGUGCUUUUGAGCAACUCCUUGUGAAAUGGCAUCUGAUGCUUGAACAUGACAUACAUGCUUGGGAUGGAGCUAAAUUGCUGAGUAUCAAGUCCUUAAAUAUGAAAGAGUUGCCUUGCAAGUUACCUUUCACAUUGCUGAAAAGUGCUUAAAUAUAAAAUGAUGCCCUUCUGAUCCAAUGCAUAAAAGGUGAAAAUGUCAUAGACUUCAACGUUUCUGUUGGCCCCAUGAGCAAUCUUUCACGGUACCACCUAAGUAUUGUCUUGUCUUUUUAUAAAGAAACCCAAUUUUGCCGGAGCGAAAUUCUCAGUUCCUUCACUUGCCUACCUGCAUGUAUUUAUCUACUCCACGUGCCUGUUGUAUGUCUCAACCUAGGUAGCUACACUCCUUCCAAACUUCCGUCCCUAAGCUAAAAGCCCUACUCUCUUCCACAUGGCUUUACAUCAAAUAUCAGGAACUUGUGCUGAACAUACGAUUUCAGUAGCUGAUGAAGAUGCUCGAAAAGUCCAGAGAUUGCGACGAGCUCAAUGGCUCCGAGCAGCUAUUCUAGGAGCUAAUGAUAGUCUGCCUUCUACUACAUCACUAAUGCUUGGCGUAGGUGCAGCGAAGGAAGAUGGACGGUCCAUGGUAUUAUCUGGACUGGCUGGAGCUGUUGCAGGUGCAUGUAGCAUGGCUGGUGGGGAGUUUGUUUCUGUCUCAACCCAAAAAGAUAUCGAAAAGGAAACUGUUAGCCAUUUCAGUUCGAAAAAUUACGGGAAAGAUGCUCCUGGAAUCGGACUCGAUGGCACCGCAACUACAGCAAGCAUGAAAGGAGAAGCAAAGCUGGAUGACUUCAAGGUCAUCUCUGAGCCAACACAGAGAACGUCACGAAGUAUGAUCCUCGAGCCAAAGUUGCCCCCAGGUAUGUCUCCCGGAAAGUCUCCUGUGAUGAAGGUAAUCCAAGAAGAUGGAAAGAGAAAUCCUGAAAUAUUGCGGGAGGAUGACGGAGAUGAGGUGCUAACAAACCUAUACAACGCUGCCGUUGCAUCGGGUGCCUUAGCUGCCUGCCGUGCUUGUGGCCCAAAAUGUUGUUAG